AUGAUACAAAAGGAAAGCAAUCGCAGCAAAGUAAUUCGGAAAAAAUACGUUUGCAAGCAGUUAGUUCAUCAGUAUACCGAUGAAGAAAAGGUUGGAAGUUUGCGGAAAAGACCUGCGAAUACUCUCAUAAAAGGACAUACGGCGCAAAGUAAGAUUAACCCGUCUUUUAGUGACCUCAUUACCGUGAUCAAACUUAUCCGCAACUUCACAAAUGAAAGCACCGUCAUAAUUCCAAUCCUAACUGGUAAAUCAUCAAUGUCGGUUGUAAAUAUGUACUAUUCAAAUAGUUAUCCUGCUACGAUUUAUACUUUACGAAAUCAUUUUUUAUCUCCAUUGGAACAAAGAUAUCUUGGCCGAAUGAAAACACCAAUACUCUUGCGUCAAAAAUUAAUUGAUGCUUGUGGUGGAGUUGCCAUGAGUCUGAUACAACUCGGAGAACUGUUGGCUAGUCUUUUUCCGGGAGAAAGCGAAAAUGUUAAAAAUUAUGCGAAAAGACAUGUAUUAGAUACUAGAUAUUAUUUCAACAAUUCUUAA